GACCCCCCCACCCCACUGGACAUGGUGAACAGCGGUCUGGUGCGCGCCAAGGACUCCGUCACCAGCCUCAAGGAGCGGGCGUCCCGGGUCAACCGGCGGGUGCAAAGCCUCCAGAGUGAGUGCUCAAUGCUGUGUGACAACCUGGAGCGCCGGCGGAGGGAGGCCGAGGACCUGGAGGAGUACUGCACCCAGCUCCAGGAGAGCUGCCAUAAGGUCAGCCAGUCGGUGGAAGACGCCGAGAUCAAGACCAACGCGCUCAAGAAAAGCUCCGUCCUGCUGGAGGAGAAGCUGCGGACACUGCAGCAGCAGGCGCAGGGCGGGGAGCUCAGCGGGCAGGAGCUGGAGCAGCGCGCAGCCCCCGAGAUCUCCAAGCCCAGCCGGGACGCAGCGGGGGGCAGCCCCACAGACCUCAUUGGCAGCCCACAGGGGGUGCAGGGCAGGGAGCCGUGCUCUGCGCCGGAGGAAUCCAGGCAGGGGGCCGUGCUGCGGAUGAUCGAGCGGCUGGGGGCCCAGUGGGAACAGGGGCACCAGGAGCUGCAGGGCCGGCUGGAUGAAGCCUUCAGCACGGCGAACCGCACGGCCCAGGCCCUGAGCCAGCUCCGCACCGACCUCGAGGGGCUGCGGCAGGUCAAGCCGCUGCUGGAGGACGUGGCCCAUCAGCUGGGGAGCCUCAGGGCCCUGGAGCUGCCUGACCGGCCCCCCACCAGCUGUGCCAGCCAGGGCUGCGUCAGCGCCCAGAGCCUGGGGCAGAUGGUGGAGCUCGCGGUGACGCCCCUGCUGGAGGAGCUGCGGCACUGCGGCCUCCCCCCGGCCCCCUGCCCCGCCUGCCAGCGCCUGCAGAAAAAGAUCCGGGAGCUGGAGCAGGCCGCGCUGGAGACCCACGCCCGAGCCGAGACCCUGAGCUCCAACCUGCGCCUGGCCCAGGACGAAGCCCUGAGAGCCAAGACCUACGUGGAGCGGGUCCGGAUAAGCCCCCAGGAGAAGCCGCCUGGCCUAGACCCCCUCCACGCCCGGCUCAGCUCCCUGCAGGCCCAGUUGUCCCAGGACGGCGGGCCCCAGCCUCCGGGGCCACCCCAGCUGCGCUGACUCCCACCGCAGCCACCAAUAAAGUGCCGGGCCUGCGUCUC